CCAUUAUUAUUUUACUACUAUCAAUCACGAAAUUUCCGUCUUUAAACUGACACAUCACGAGGUGCACCCAUGAGUAGUUAGUGUAUUGGUCAAAACAACCUGGUCAAACUUUUAACCCAAUUCACAAAUAUGCCAUCAGCAACAACCACCGCCGCGACCGCCACGGCCACGGCAACCUACACCACCAUCCCAAUUUCCGGCGGUGACGUCGUUAACCGAUCUAUUCACAAUCUCUUUACAUUUCUCUCUCGUAGUCGACCGUGGCCUGAAUUCCUCGCCGGAGCUAGCGCUGUCGAUCUUCCGGCAUCCUUCUCCGAUGCUGCAAUUCGCAUUCGCCGGAAUUUCAAGUACUUCUCCAUCAACUAUGCCAUUGUCAUCUCUGCUUGCUCAGCCGCUUCACUUAUUGGCUCACCUUUUUCGUUGAUUUUCGCCGGUUUGGUUUUUGCAAUGUGGUUGAUUCUUCUGUUCUUCCGGGAGGAUCCCAUGGUUGUUCUAGGACACCAAAUUAGCGAUCUAGCCGUGAUUUCGGGUCUCGUAAUUGUUUCUGCAAUUGCUGCUUGGUUCACAGGAAUUUUAAAUACUUUGCUCAUUGGUGUAGCGGUAGGAUUUUUGGUGACAGUGAUUCAUGGCUUAUUGAGGAAUCCAGAAGGGCUGUUUGUGGAUGAGGACGACGCCGUUUCGACUGGCUUGAUUUCGAAUGCUGAAAGAAGAACUUGAUUUUGCCCUCGCAAAUUUCACUGACUCACCAACAUUAAUUGAUUUACAUUUUUGUGUUUUUGUUGAUUUCAAGGUUGAUUUUUGACUUGAGAGUUGUGUUCAUAAGAUACAUUUGGUGUGCAGUACUGAUCUAAGGAAGAGAUACUGAAAAAUUGUUUGGUUCUUUUGUGUGUGUGUGUGUGUGUCUUUGAGAUAGUGUUUGAGAUAGGGUAAGGUCUGGGUAUACAUUAUCCUCCCCAAACCCCACUAUACGGGAUUACACUGGGUUUGUUGUUCUUGUUGAAUUUGCAGAGUUUUUCUUUGUAAGGUAGCUACUGGUUCCAAAGGUUUACAGGAAAAUCUGUUGCCUCCGGUUUUGUGUUUUAUUUUGAAGAUUGUCUCAAUGAACAAUAUUGUCCAUUUUUA